AUGAUUUUAAACACACUCGCUCUCGUUGCUUUGGCUGGGGGUGCUGUUUCUUCUGAUCCAAAAAUUCUAAACAUUCAUGGAAAACCAGUCGUUAUCCCCGGUGAUAUUGCAAAGAGGGAUGACCUUGCUCCAACUAUAGUUGCUCCAGUUCCUACGUCCACUUCGAUUUUAUUCACGGCUUCGACAACACCUAAGCAACAGCUUGGAGAAACGAUAAACUUUCCUAUUUCCUCGAGACCAAACCCACUUGCUACUGAAGGUGUUAAGAUCUCUUCGUCUUUAUCAAACCCCAUCCAAACCAGUUCAUUAACUCAAGCCAUCGCCGUUAGUCAAAGUUUAGCAACUGAAUCCACUGGUGUCUUUUUGACUGUUUCUACAACCUCUACUGAAAUUACGUUACCAAGUGAUCUUUUAUCCAAAGAGGAGAUCCUGGAUGUGAAACGUGACGUCAAUAAUCAAAAGCGUGCAACCACUCAAGCAGUUCUUAAAGUUGAUGUUUCCAAUGCAAACGGUUUCACUGGUGACCUAUUCCUACCAAUUUCAGUCAAUGAUCUUACUUCAACCUUCAAGAAAACCCCAUUGCCGUUAGCAAUCCCAGCCGGUGUUUCCAACGGUAAUACAAAAUAUCAAACUAACAAAUUUUAUACCAAUCUUAUUGUUGGAGAUCAAACAAGUAUGAUCUGGUCUUAUCCGUUUGGUCUUAACUAUCUCAAAUCUGUUUACUAUGGAUUUGCCGUCCAAAGUACCCGGGUUUCACAAAGAGUAUUUGGUUAUACUGCAACAAACAAUGCCAAAUAUGCUUCCUACUACUUCAAUCCAAUUGACAUCAGUGAAAUGAUCAUUUCGGCCACUCAAUUUACAUCGGCUUCUAAUACCAAGAUGAGUGUAUCCUCAAUGAAAAUAAACUCAGUUGAUGUGAAAUUAUCUACUGAUGGUAAGGCCACUACCAAUUAUGUGGAUAUUCCAAUUGUUCAAGGUAUGGGAUUUGUUACAUCUAUCUAUAAGGGUAAUCUUGUACCAAAGAUCAAUUCAGGGGUUGGUUUUAAAACUUUUGCAGCAGAACAAUCAAGCACUUUAACCAAUAACAAUAUCUUGAAAUAUCGUGCUACUUUGUUCAAUAGUGUUCAAUAUCUUAUUUACGUUAAAUUACCAUCGGGAACGAAGACUACUGAUUUCUCACUCAAGACAUCAGAUUCUAAUACUAUCAAGGGUUCCAAAGCUAUUGAUGGGUUGAUUAUUCAAUAUGCAAUUGCUCCUCUGACCAGUUCCCAAUCUGUUUAUUACGAUCAAUCCGCUGGGAUGUAUACUACCGAAUGUAAAGUUAAAGCUCAUGGAUAUGGUGGUACUUCUGCUGAAUUGGUUUUCCAAUAUAUUAAAAAGGGUUCAUCUAUUUCUAAUCAGCCCUUAGUCUUCAUGCUUCCACAUAUUGUUGAAGUAGCUGACGCUAACACUAAUAAAGCACUCACUGGAAUUACUUUGCCUUCUACUACAAAAGGUAAUAUGACUGGAUAUGCCAUUGACACUAUUAGGAUUGUCGAAAAUUUGAAUACAGACGUUCAAUUCCUUCCUUGGGUUCAAGAAAUGGGAAGCAAAGCACCUAUUUGGACUGCUAAACAAUUGCAAUUAAUUGGUCAAGUUGCAAAUAAAGAAUUAUCAGUUGAUAUUGUGACAUUACUUGCCUCUCAAAAUUCGAAUUAUUAUGCUGGUAAGAUUUUAGAUAAAUAUGCUUACAUCUUGUAUGUUGUGAGUUAUAUUCUUGGUGAUGAUGCGUUAGCCAAAACAACUUUGGCCACUAUGAAAACUGCCUUCAAUUAUUUCAGAACCAACAAACAAUUCUAUCCAUUGAUGUAUGAUACCAAAUUUGGAGGUAUUACAUCAACCGCAUACAAGGUUUCCAACGAUCCAAAUGCAGAUUUCGGAUCCAGUUAUUAUAACGACCACCAUUACCAUUACGGUUAUUUCAUUCAUGCUGCUGCAUUGAUUGGAUACGUUGAUUUAAAAUAUGGUGGUACGUGGGCAAAAGCUCAACAACCAUGGGUUAAUGCGUUGGUUAGGGAUGUUGCAAAUCCUUCCCCCUCAGAUCCUUAUUUCCCAGUUUUCAGAAUGUUUGAUUGGUUCCAAGGUCAUUCAUGGGCUGCUGGGUUGUUUGAAGGUGGUGAUGGUCGUAAUGAAGAAUCCUCAUCUGAAGAUUAUAACUUCUCAUAUGGUAUUAAGUUAUGGGGUAAGGUAACUGGGAAUAAGAGAAUGGAAUCAUAUGGUGAUUUGAUGUUGGCAGUUAUGGCAAGAGCCAUGAAUAAAUAUAUGUUAUACUCUAAUAAUAACAAUGUUGAACCAAGUCAAAUUAUUGGAAACAAAGUUAGUGGAAUCUUAUUUGAAAAUAAGAUUGCUUACACUACUUAUUUCGGAAGUCCAGACACCAAUCCCGAAUAUGUUCAUGGAAUUCAUAUGUUGCCAAUCACGCCAGCUUCUUCAUUGAUUCGUGGAUCAACCUUUGUCAGCCAAGAAUGGGCUACUCAAAUCUCUACUUUUAUUAGUAAAGUCAACAGUGGUUGGACUGGUAUUUUAAGAUUGAAUCAAGCUUUAUAUGAUGCCACAAGUAGUUACAACUUUUUCAGUUCAAGUUCUUGGUCCGAUAAUUAUUUGGACGAUGGACAAAGUAGAACUUGGUGUUUAGCAUUCUCUGCUGGUGUUAUGAACGCUCUUGCUUCUUAA